AAUAUAUAAUCAAAUAUCCUAAUAAUAAUUUUAUGUACGAGAUAUAGGUCACCGGUAAGGAAUGCAGCGACUUUCCAUAUACGGACGGACGGAUGAUGCACUGUGACUGAACUUUGGACUUGAUAGUGUUAAUUGUAAUCGCGAUUAUAUUUUAAAGUCUAUUUUUAUUUAUUUUUUAAUGUGUUAUGUUCUUUAUGUGCACAGGUACAAGAAUAUUUUACUCUACGUUAUGGUGGUAAGUGACUAAUGGAAACUAUUAUAUCAUUGUAUGAGGAAUUAAAGAAAAUUAGAGUAUAUUUAAUUAAAUUAGGAGCCAGUCGAAGAACGGAAAAAGUGUUAGUAAACAAAUUAAAUGAGAUUAAUGCAAUCUAUGAGAAAUAUGAGACGUGGCUGAUAGGUUUUGAAGAAAAACUUAAGAGAAAAUAUUAUAGUUCGGAUGAUAUUAUAUUAAUCAAAAAUUAUUGUAGUCGAUUUUUAGAGUUACAUGAAAAUAUUUUAGUGUUGUGUAAUAGUGAUAAGCCGAAGUCAUCGUUCAACAUGAAUUCUUUUGAUUUAAAAACGGCGUUAAAUCUUUUACCUAUUAUGACAAAUGAGGAGUCGAAUACAAAACAGUUGAUUGAUAACAUUGAAUAUUAUAAUACUUUAUUGAAAGAAGAUACAUGUAAACAAAAUUUAAUUAAUUUCGUAUUAAAAAGUAGGCUUUCUCCUGAAGCUAAGUUAAAAUUAAAAUCAAAAUAUGAAUCAGUUAAUGAGUUAAUUAUUGAUAUGAGAAAUGUAUUAUUGUGUAAGAAAGCUGCAACGGCAAUACAAAAUAAAUUACAAAAAAUUAGACAAAAUGACUUGUCAAUUGCUGACUAUGGUAAAGAAAUAACGGAACUAUUUGUUGAUUUAACGAUAACGCAAGCUGACGGGAAUGAUCAAUGCUAUAAAAUAUUAAAACCUAUUAAUGAAAAAAUGGCUGUUAAGCAAUUUGCUGACGGCUUGCGUAAUCGUCGACUUAGUACGAUUAUUUCUGCCAGGAAUUAUAGUUCACUUAAAGAUGCUGUACAGGCAGCCCAAGAUGAAGAAGUAUCAAUUCCUUCAACAUCUGGAGAAAUCAUGGGUAUGUACAAGAAACCAUACCAUAAUAAAUAUUUCAACAAUGGUUCAAAUUAUUAUAGAAGCUGGCGUGGAGGACGUUGCCGCUAUCCUGUACAUAGAGGAAGAGCUCGAGGACAGCAAGCAGCUCAUCUAGCUUCUCGAGGACAAGGGUCACGAGGUCAGUACACGCGAGGAAGUAGCGGAGGUCCACAGCAGAGAGGUAAAUUUUUUAAUUCAACUAGAGGAAAUCAAGGGAUGCGUAAUAAUCGUAAUAUUCAUUUAAUGCAUGAUAAUGAUAAUAAUAAUUUCGAAAAAUUUGAAGAGUCAGAACUUUCUUUGAAUCAGUUUUUUCGUGAGGAAUAGU